GCAUCUCGCAUUUCAGAGACGCUAGUGAAGCGCUACAGUUUCCAGUGCGUGGUUUGUACUUUGACAAUUUCGCGAUUUGAUUUUCUUCUAUAAUUUAAAUAUGACCAGAUCAACAGAGGCUUUUAUUGGGUCUAAAUGGCUGUGUAUCAUAUUGGGUAUGAGUGCAUCCACUUGGACACUUUCAGAAAGUAUUCCAAACAGGAAUGCGGCAAAAAUAAGGGAAGUUUUUAGAUGGAAGCAGAUAGAAUUCGACUAUCCUUCCGAAAGUGCAAGGCAACAGGCAAUCGACAAUGGAGAUUUCAUACCUGGACGUUCCCUGCCAAUUGACGUAGAUGUAUAUUACGGAAGACCAGGGCAAACAAAAAAGAUAUUUAUCGCCAUGCCUCGUAUGCAGAGUGGGCAUCCUGCAACUAUCGGAACUGUUACUGACAAAACCACUGCCGAUGGGAAUCCUAUUGUUAAACCCUAUCCUUCUUGGAAUUGGCAUAAAAAUCUUAUAGACUGCCCACCUGACAGAAUCGUAUCGGUAUUUAGAAUGAUGGUAAGAAAGCCUUAA